UGCAAAGAACUAACUAUGAAGAAGUUCCUUAAGAACCGCAAGGUUCGAAAACAACCUCAGUUAGACAUCUCUGAGUCCCGGAUGGUAGGCAACGAUCUGAAUUUAAGCAUGCCAGCAUCAAACCAGAGUUGGCCGGAGGACUUUGGGUUCCGCAUCAGUGGUGGUGGGCCAUGCUACAUCCUUUCGGUGGAUGAGGGGAGCAGUGCUCAUGUGGCAGGUCUUCGUCCGGGAGACCAGAUUCUGGAAAUUGAAGGCCAGAAUGUUUCUUCUAUGACUGCUGAGGCACUGACUGAUGUGGCCCGCCACUGCAAGACUGUACCACCAAGCAUCGGAGUGGUCUCUCGUAUCCAACAGGUGGACAUCCCUCCUGGUGCAGAUGGUCGCUUUGGCUUCACCAUUGUAGGAGACAGCCCCCUCCUUGUUGAAGACUGCACUGCUAGCUCACCUGCCUAUGAAAGUGGGUUAAGGGUUGGCGACUAUGUGCUAGAGGUUAAUGGAGUUCCUGUUAAACAACAUGAGGUAGCAGCCGCCAUGAUCAAGGCCUCACAUGGCCGCAACCUUAGGCUUGGCAUUCUGUGUCUCGGCCGGAGGCAGAAGAGAGCCAGCGGCAGCAUACGAGAAGGUGAUCAGAGUGGCAGUGAUGUGCACCAGGACCGUAAGAACAAGGCACUGGAAUUCAACAGAAAGAUCGAAGAGGUGCUUGGAGACCAUCCAGAUGUCAAGGAGAAACUGUUCACGGUCCUCAAGCAGUAUGCCUCAGAACGCAGGGUGGAUUACCUGGCAUAUGCUCUGCCCAUGAUUCUAAAUGGAGACCAUCAGUAUCAGCUGAUUGACAGCAUAAGGAUUUUUAUCCCAAAGAAACAUCGGCAGCGCUUCGAUGAAGUUGUUUCGCAGAGCCUUAUUAAUCGGAUCUGCCGUGGCAAGAGCCUCAAUGAGCAUACCCAAAACCGGCUACGGCGUAGCCGCAGUGAAGACCACCAUGAGCGGCUGAUGGUUUCAACACGUGCCAGCUCUGUGCCACGGACAGGAGAGGAAGACUUUGCUGGGAGGGGCCUCAGGAAAUCUGCAUCCCUUACCGCUGGGAGCUCAGGAACUGCUACAAACCGCAGGACAGUCAGAGUAUACAAAGGCAACAAGAGCUUUGGCUUUACGCUUCGUGGCCAUGCACCUGUGUGGAUUGACUCUGUUGUUGCAGGCAGCCCAGCAGAGAAGGCUGGCCUCAAACCUCGAGAUCGUAUCCUUUUCCUUAAUGGGCUUGACAUGAGGAACUGCUCUCAUGAGAAGGUGGUCUCCAUGCUGCAGGGCAGUGGGGCAAUGCCAACACUUGUAGUGGAGGAUGGACCCCCAGGCUUUGUGAUGGAUGUGGAGCCUGAAAACUCUCCCAUACGCUCCCGCUCUCCUACACUAAGCUCCCUACAAUGGGUGGCUGAGAUUCUGCCUUCCAGUAUCAAGGUACAGGGGAGGACCUUCAGCCAACAGCUGGAACAUCUGCUCACGCACCAGGAGAGAUAUGCUAUUUGCAAGUCACUUGAGGCUUUCUUCCAGCACAGGAAUGUGGACACACUCAUUGUAGAUGUCUAUCCAGUGCUGGACACACCAGCCAAACAGGUGAUCUGGCAGUUCAUCUACCAACUACUGACAUAUGAAGAGCAGGAGCACUGUCAACAGAAGAUCGCUCGUUUCCUGGGAUACAAGUCAGCCCCAGCAAUUGAGACAGAUGUUGUUCCUGAGCUUCAUCGGCGUAGCAGUUCUGUAAGACUUUCACCCAGCUAUAGGUCAAGUAUCCGAGAUCACGGUAUGGAAGAUGGGAGCAGAGGGGCUUACAGUGAUUCUGGUGAAGUAGGGAUGACCCUGACCCCUGGUGAGCGGCAGUCGGGAGAUGGGACAUCCAUCCCUGAGACGCCGAACCUCCAGAAUAUAUCAGCAGGCUUUGCAGAGCUGGAGAACACCUACUCAGGGAAAAUGCAGGCGUCAAUCCAUAGUCAGGUGUCUCCCAUGCCCAGUCAGAAGUCUCGAUCAGGAAGCCGCAAGUCUGGCCUGUCUCUUUCCUGGCAGGAACCCCUGUCCUCCCCUCAGUGCCGCUGUUUUCCACACAGAGCUCCUUCCCCUGGCAGUGCAGAAUCCAACCCCUACAUCAGCCUGGACAGCCCUUUGCCAUCCCCUCAGCCUGUCCACAGCCCCCAGUCUCGACGCAGGAAGCUUUUCACCUUCUCACGUCCACCACGGAGCAGAGACACUGACAGGUUUCUGGAUGCCCUGAGUGAGCAGCUUGGACAUCGGGUCACAAUUGUUGAUGACUUCCUUUCGCCUGAGAAUGAUUAUGAGGAGAUGAGCUUCCAAGAUGAGCAAGAAGCUGGAUUCCUCAGUCACGAGUUUAGCAGUGCUAGCGAGUAUGCAAGCAGCAGUGACGAUGGAAGCUCUUUGACCUAUUCAUCCUGCUCAGAUAUCCCACCUCCUCCACAGAGCCCCCCUCCUCCACCACCCAUACAGUUUCAUGACUCUAUUCCUGUGACUCUGACUCCAGAGCCAAGCCGGAGUCACCUGCCUCCUGUGCCUCCACCUCCUAUUAGGGCCUGCCUGCCCUUGGAGCAUACUGUGGGCAAAUCUCACCAUGGCAGCCAAAUGCAUCAGUCUAAUCAAGCCAACCAAUCCCAUUACCCCACACACCCCAGCGAUGCCAAAAGAUCCCAUCAUACUGCACUGUCCAGCCAUUCAGGCCAGUCUUAUUCUACACACCCUGGUCACAACAAUCAACCUUUCUAUCCUAAGCAACCGAGAGAUGCCAAUCAAUCCCAUCAUUCCUCCCAUCAUACUCACACAAGUCAGUUGCAUCACCCCACACACUCUGGUCAUGCAAAUCAACCCCAUCACUCCUUACAUGUGAGUCAGCCUCAUCAAAGCCAUCAUCCAUCACAUCCAAGUCAUGGAAGCCAAUCCCAUCAUCCAUCACAAACCAAUCACCCUAAUCCAUCCCAUCACCCGUCACAACCCAGUCACUCAAACCCUUCCCAUCAUCCCUCACAACCCAAUCACCCUAAUACCCCUCAUCAUACAUCACCAUCCAGUCACCCUACCCAAUCACAUCAGUCCUCACCACCAAGUCACGCAAAACAUUCCCAUCACCCCAUACAACCUAGUCACUCUAAUCAGUAUCAAAGGUCUUCACACUCUGGUCAAGCUGGCCAAACUAUCCACACCAGUCAGUCCAAUCAGUCCCAUCAUAUCAAUAACCAGUCUCCUCACCAUACUAGCCACCCCAAUCAAUCCCAUCACCCCAGUCAGACUCGCCAAGUUCCACCACCUCCACCGCCGCCACCCCCACCACCACCCUGCGGACCCCCACCUUUGCCACGUGGUAUUCACAGACGUGCUGAGUCAAGUCACAUGAGUGUGAAGCGCCUGCGCUGGGAGCAGGUGGAGAACUCAGAAGGGACUAUCUGGGGCCAGCUUGGUGAAGAUUCAGAUUAUGACAAGCUGACAGACAUGGUGAAAUACCUGGACUUGGAGUUGCAUUUUGGAACACAGAAAACUACUAUUUCUCUUCCAGAGUCUGCUUACUUCACUGAGACAUUUAAAAAAAAAGAUGUGAUUGAAAUUCUUUCUCGCAAGAAGGCCUAUAACACAUCCAUCCUCAUUGCUCAUUUGAAGCUGUCCCCAACUGAACUGCGGCAAAUCCUGUUGACAAUGAGCUGUGAUCGCUUGGAGCCCCCACACAUAAAACAGCUGCUGCUGUAUGCCCCUGAUGAAGAAGAAAUUCAUCAAUACCAGCAGUACACACAGGAUCUCAACAAGCUUAGUGAGCCAGACCAGUUUGUAAUGCAGAUGCUUUCAGUGCCCGAAUACAAAGUGCGUCUUCGCAGCCUCCUUUUCAAGACAACACUUCAGGAGAGGACAGAUGAGAUGAGGGCAGCUUAUGAGUGCAUUUACAAUGCCUCCCUGGAGCUGAAGAGCAGCAAAAAGUUGGCCAAGAUACUAGAGUUUGUCUUGGCAAUGGGCAAUUACCUCAACAAUGGGCAGCCGAAAACCACUAAGACAACUGGAUUCAAGAUUAACUUCCUCACUGAGCUCAGCACAACCAAGACCGUGGAUGGAAAGUCAACCUUUCUGCAUAUUCUUGCCAAGUCAUUGGGACAGCACUUCCCAGAGCUGCUUGACUUUGCUAAAGAUCUGCCCACUGUUCAAUUGGCAGCUAAAGUUAAUCAAAGAACAAUCACAGCUGACCUUCAUGACCUUCACACAACCAUCCAAGAUAUCCGAACAGCCUGCCAGAGCAUGGUCACCACAGCAGAGGACCGCUUCACCAAUGUCAUGAGUGGGUUUCUGGAGAACACACAUCCCACUAUCCAGUCUUUGGACUCCUUGCAACAGCGUGCCAUUGAGGAAUUUAGCAAGGUGGCCUCAUUUUUUGGGGAGGAUGGGAAGUCCACCACUACAGAGGCCUUCUUUGGCAUCUUUGCAGAGUUCAUAAGCAAGUUUGAGAGGGUGGUCAAUGAGAUUCAGAUGUCUGAGGCCCAGCGCAGCCCUCGCAUGGUGUCCCCAUUGGCCUGGUGACCUUCUGCACAUGCCCAUUUCAUUGCCAAAAUCAGCACCAAGCCUGCUUUAGCAAAUUGCUUCUCUGAGAAGAACAAGAUAGAGGAAGAGGAUGGAUGAAGAUAGAAGACAAAGAUAAGGAAGAAGGAGUUGUGAAGUUGUUCGGGAUGCAACAUGCUGACAGCUGUGUUCACCAAACACAUACACAUGCACACAGACACACAAAUACACAACACACAGGGAUCAGUGGCCAAAGUCUUGAAAUAAGCAGAAUAUGAAGUGCUGCUUGCUUAAGACACAGUAGGGCCACACUCUGGGGUCACAUAUGGCUACUAAUGUGCCCAGUGUGCUGGCUGAUUGGUGUGAAUUCUGUAAAGUAUGUCAGAUUGACAAUGUGAAGGGUGCUAUGUGAACUCAUGUUGUCAUUGAUAACAGCAGUGGUAGGCUCCUGUGUGCUCUUCUGAGCAUGGUUGCUGCAGCUUGGAUCUCAUUUUUCGACUGGUUACAUUAGGCACUGGCUGGCCAUGUCUCUUUGUCAUUUUAGACUCAUCUGGGCAGCUUCUCUUUACCAAACACGAUCGAAAUGCACCAAAGUGGACGGCCUUCAUGUGAAUGCCCCUGUGGGUGAUGGUCCUGUGGGAGCUGACCAUAAGGGAAUCUCUUUAGACUUAAGUGGGCAAUUAAUAAAGGUGCUUUGAGGGACACUGACCUCCUUGAUUUGUGCUGUUGCCGUCACCAACGGAUUCCAGUGACAGCAUGCAUACACAUGAAAUACAGAGCCACAUGUUUAAAUAUUAGCACAAAGAAGGAAACGUGAGCACACUCGCUUAGUAGAAAUGCAUGCGCACAUACAUCUCAUACAAAUGCUCUUUUCCCCACAGGAUUACACAAGCACACAUGGGAUCAGGUGACUACACAUUCGGACAUGUAUCCUUGCCAAAAUACAAAUGGCUUUUGUGUAGCACACGACAGCACAUACCCAAAUACCGACCCAGGGGACCUCAGCAUAAAGUGCAUGUAUUCGGAACUGCUGACCUCUACACCUAAAUACACGUUAGACUUUGAAUGCCUGUAAUCAUUUAAGCAAGAAGAGGUCAGCGGAGCAUCACAUACCCACGUAUAGAAAUUUAAUCUCAUAAUGCUGACCCAUUGUGCACUGGUGUAGUGCACACUAGGCUCUCAGGUUGGGCUCUCCCUCCCUGUGCUGAACUCAAUCUGUGCACCUCUGACAACUGGUCAAAUGUCCCUUUCAUACGAACCACAGAAGGGGUAUCUCAAGCUUUCUGAGUACAUGACGGCAAACGUUCCCUUUCUGCCAGCAGCAUGCUCUUUUCUCGUGAGGCGUGGGCCUCUAGGGUGAUAUUUUUCUGACAAGAACAAAGUCCAGGCAUCAUGGAUGGGUGAGCACCUGCCAAGCCUCACUGAACAUUGGGAUCACGAAACCCUGAUUUCAGGCUUGUGUCUGUGGGUGGACUGCAAUGGCCUCUGCUCUGUCUGUUGUGCGGUGACGAGCGCUUAUAUGGUUUGUAUCAUGUAUAUUGCAGCGAAUGCAACCAAUAAAAUCCUUGUAUAA